CUCGCAUCAUGCAUAUGUUUUACUAUUUUAAUCAUGAAAAUCAUCUUGCUCAGACAACUGUAACCUUUUAGGAAAGCAUACUCCUUCCCAAUCCUCUCUGCGGCGAAAAACUGAUCAGACAUCAGCUUGAAGACCAAAAAGAUGAAGUUACUGACUUGGAUGCAUCGCAAGUUUAAGCAAGGCAAUGGCGAAAUACUGAAGGAAUUUCCCCAGGGGCAACAAUACCUUCACGACCCUGACUUCUAUCAAAAGCAAACGCAAGGGAGACAACGGAGAGCAUCAUUUACGAGUGUGGAGACUACGGAUUUUUCAGAAUACGAAAGAAAAGCAUCAUCAGCUGAUGAGUUUCCAGAGUACUUUGAAGGAUUUCUAGCAAUCGGCACCCUUGGGGUAGCAGAUGCAGUCAUCCCAGAGCCACCAGGGACACCAACAUUCGCGGUGUCAUUUGAGAAGCUCGCAGAAGGAGAGACUGAAGUGACAGACAAUGAAUUGAGGCUCAUCAAUGAUGAGUUAGAGAGAGUGCUUGCUUCUGAGACUAAAGAUGAUGGUUGGACAGAUUCCUCAGGGAGAAACAGUCAUGUUAGCAAUGGAAGAAUCAGCCAUGCAAGCACCAUCACUCUGAGUGGCAAGCCACUGGAAAUUCCAGAAAGCACAGAAGGACCAGGAAAUAACUUGAUGUACUGUCCACUACAGGAAUAUCUGUUAGGAUCAGCUGUAGAAGUGCCAGAGAAGGCAACAGUGCCCAAAAAGGAGAGUAGGACAUCAUUGGGAGAACUAUUCGAGAAGCACAAGGCAGAAGAAACCUCGGAAACCAAGUGCAAACGUGGGGAGAAAAGGGAAGAUAAAGAAGGGGACAAGACUGCUUCCAUGAAUCUCAUGAAAAAAAUACUGAUGAAGAAGAAAAAUGCAUUGCAUGCUGCUUCUAGGAAUUCAUCUGUCUCAACUCGGGGAGCUGCAGAAUCUGGUUCGGCAGAGACAAAACUGUGCAAGAUCCUGCAGAAAUUUCACAAGAAAGUGCAUCCAGAAUUCUUAACAUCCACAGAAAAGUCAGACAAAAUGCAUAAGAAUGGGAUCAAGGACAUAAUGCCUGGCAAUGCGGGCUACUAUAAGGAUGAGCAUACAUUUCCAGAUGAGAGCAUCCCAACUUUCUCCCAGAAAGCAGGUCAAAAUGGUUAUAUGUUAUGCAGGAAGAGCAUCUCUAACCCAACUCAGUACUCAGAAGAUGGGAAUGAUUCAAAUGGAAGCAGGGAGUGCUGGAUCAAAACUGAUGCAGAUUACCUUGUUUUGGAGCUCUAGAAAGGAGAUGCAGGGAUGCAGAUAUGGAGACUCCGUCGUGAAGAACUACAACCAUCUAAAUGUGUGUCAUGCUAUAUUUAUGGGAUGAAUGUCCUUAGUACACUUGACAAAUAUGUUGAGUGAUUGAGCUUGAAGCUAGAUAAAAAUAAGAACAGAAACUCUAGUAUGAAGCUAUGCAUCAUCAUGAUCACAAUCUAUGUAAUAUUUCGGUUUGUGCUACUCCUUGAAAUUUGUGCUUUUACAUUAUGCUUGUAAUUAUAGAAAACUAUCCUUUUCUACGGCAAUAAUAUUAUCAUUCUAUACA